GUGGCUGUGAUCAGACUGCGAGACACGAUGCUCCAAAGAGGAAUGAUUUGGACUCUUACAUUUCAUUACUGGCAACAAAUCUCAACCUGGCAGUAUCUCAACAAGCAAACCAGCCAUGGGGGGUGUGUCCUUAAUGCAGAGACUUCUUGUCUUAUCUGCAUUUCUCCUGCUACAGACUAGCCUUUCACUGGCAUAUUCUCUGAAAAACUGUUCCAUUGAAUAUAUGGCAGAUGGUGUUUUGGAUUGCUCAAACCGUAAACUUGUUUCCAUCCCUGAUGACAUUCCCAGCCAUGUGAGUUCAGUAAACCUAUCAGAUAAUCUGGUCGAACAGAUUAACAGGGGAAGUUUUGGAAACUUGUCAAAGCUGAACAUUUUGUUCCUGAUCUUCAAUCAUAUCAACUAUGUGGAGGACGGAUCUUUCAUCCAUUUGUGUGCAUUGACCCAACUCUACAUGGACAAUAACAAAAUGACCGACCUCACUGGCAAGCUCUUCAUGGGACUGUCCAACCUUACCAUGCUAUCCCUCAAUGAAAACAACAUUCAGUUUAUUCAUACCUCUGCCUUUCAGUUCCUGUCCAGCUUACAAACAGUGAGGCUAGACAGCAACAAUCUCCAACAAGUCUCUGACCUUCUGCCCAUCCUUCAGCUGCCACACAUACAGAAGCUGAGCAUUGGAUCUACUCAAUUUUCCUCCUUUGAGACCAAAGAUCUUCCAUUGAAUGUGUCCUCAAGCCUGACGGUGUUAGAUCUUUCUGAUAGCAAGUUGGAGAAGUUCAGCAUCACAACAGAUAUCUUUCCUUACCUUGAGAUGAUCAACCUUAUUGGGAGUGGCAUAGAUUCUGGUCUAAAAUGGGCUGUACCUGACAAGGCUUUACUGAGGAACAUAACUCAACUGUAUUUUGGUCACCCUUUGAUUGCCUUUGAAGAAUUACAAAAAGUCCUGGAGAGCCUUGACUCAUUGGUGCAUCUUAGACUUACGUAUAUGGAGGAAUUGAUCCACAACGGUAUUUUAGCUACUGUUUGCAAAAUACCAACACUUAAAAAGCUAGUUCUAGAUUUCAACCACGUCCCCAAUUUAAGCUCACAACUUGUAGAUUGCCGCCACCUCAGUGAGCUUGAUCUAUCUCAUACUUACAUGAGGGAACUGCCUGAGGGCAAGAUACGAUUUAUGAAGCAACUGAGGUUUUUAACUCUAGAGUGGAACCGCCUUACCAAAGUGCCUGAUGAUAUUCAGAGUCUCUCCUCCCUCAAAAUCCUCAAUCUUGGAAAGAAUUUCAUUUCUGAUUUGAGCUGUAACGAUUUCAUAAACACAACAGGCCUCACAGAGCUUUAUCUGGUUUCCAACCGCAUUGUCAAAUUGGACAGAUGUGUCUUUGAAAAUCUUAAUGAACUGAAUAUUUUAGAUUUAAGUGAUAACCUGCUGUGGACAUUGGGAGGUGUCUUCAAAAAAGGUCUGCCGAGGCUUGAGUUCCUGGAUUUGAGCAAGAACAAUUUGAUUAUUCUUGAAAAUGAGGAUUUUCAAGCUUUAGGAUCCUUAACAUUUUUAAAUGUAGUGUCAACUCAUAUUGGUAGGGUGAAACGUAGGACUUUUCUCGGACUGAACAACUUAAGAAACCUUACUGUAUCUAUUCCCCUUGACUAUGAAACUCAUUUCAGAGGAACAGGGCAGUUGGAACAUCUUACAAUCAACCUCUUUAUCGACGGCAGUUUCAAAAGUCCUCUUCCAAGCCAUCAUGACGCUUUCUACCAGUUAAAAUGUUUAAAAGUUCUUACUAUAAAAUGCAAAGGUUAUCACUUUGGCCUCCCCCUUGACAUACCAUUGGAAAUGCUCCAGUCUAUGAAACAUUUAGAGGAAUUUACAGCUGAGAACGUCUACAUCUCCGCCCUAGACCCAGAAACAUUCCAAUUCAAUCCCCAGCUCAAGAGUCUUACCAUCGGACAGACUGACUUGUCAGAUUUGCUUCCUGAACUGUUUGAGCCAAUACCAAACCUUCAGGUUCUCGAUCUCUCUGAGAGUCAGAUCAAGUCUUUGGAUUUUUUGACCCAGGUCAACCUGCCUGCACUUAGAUGUUUGAAACUGAGGGACAAUGAGAUUACAGUGAUCAACGAGACGAUCUUCCAGUGCCUCCCUGCACUAACACACCUGGACCUGGAAAACAAUCCUUUCACCUGUGACUGCUCUAAUGCCGGAUUUAUCCAAUGGGUGAGGAGCAACAACCAAACUCAGGUUGUUAAUGGCCAUCAGUAUACAUGUUCCUUUCCUGUGGCUGAACAGGGAAGCAAGUUGCUGGACUUUGACAUCCAGUCCUGUUGGAUGGACGUGAGCUUCCUCUGCUUCAUUUCCAGCAGUUGCAUAACUUUGGUGACACUCCUCACAUCGUUCAUCUAUUACUUUCUGAGGUGGCAGAUAGCUUACACCUUCCACCUCUUCCUGGCAUUCCUGUAUGAAAGCAGAAGGAGGAAGAAGGGAGCUCCUCAUCAAUACGACGCCUUCAUUUCCUACAACAUUCACGACGAGGCCUGGAUUUGCAGAGAGAUGCUGCCGGUGCUGGAAGGAGAGCAGGGCUGGAAACUGUGUCUGCACCACAGAGACUUCCAACCAGGGAAGCCGAUCAUAGAGAACAUUACAGACGCCAUCUAUGGCAGCAGGAAGACCAUCUGUGUGAUCACCAGGCGCUACCUGCAGAGCGAGUGGUGCUCCAGAGAGAUCCAGAUGGCCAGCUUCCGUCUGUUGGACGAGCAAAAGGACGUGCUGAUUCUAAUUUUUCUUGAGGACAUCCCGGCCCACCAGCUGUCUCCAUACUACCGCAUGAGAAAGCUGCUGAAGAAACGCAGCUACCUGAGCUGGCCGCAGGCCGGACAACACACCGGAGUCUUCUGGCAGAACGUGAGGAGAGCUCUGGAGGCGGGGGGCGCUGCCACUGAGACCACCCACCUGCUCACUGGACCAGCAGCACGCUGACCAUCUGGACCCGGGAGGUCACUGACAGGUCACCCUAAUGGACUAUGCAACUUUAGCACACACUGCAUCGCAUCAGCUUGUAUCACAAUGUCAGGUUGUUAUUGUAGCUGUCACAUGGCAGAGGAUUUUACCUGGUUCAUUAGCAGUGCAUGGUUUUUUAGUGUGUUUUUAUACUUUACCUUUUGGUUUGAUUUUAUGGCACGCUUUUAUUUUAAAGUCUAACAUGUUUUAGUUUCACAUGUACACUGUAUUACCUUUUAUGGCCUGCUUUUUAAAAAAAAAAAUAUAUAAUGCUAUGUGAUUUUAUUGUAUUUACUUUAAGCCUUGUUGAUCACCUAAAAAGGCCAAUAUUCAAGGACACCUGGGAGCCAAGAUUAGCAUGGGAGGGAAUGGCUUUUAAACAGAACACACGGCACCAGCCGACACAGGGAGGAAAAAGAAGAAGGACAGGGAGGAAGGAGGAGGAUAAAGAGGAGGACAGGCGAACAAGGGCAGAGUCAGGAGAGGAUGAAGGCAAAAUAGACCCACACGUUGAACCAAUAUUUAGCUCAAUUUAUAUUGUAGGCUAUGUUGGAGUCAGUGUUUUAGAAGAGGUUUUAGUAGAGAUACAUUAUUAUUUUAAACUUAAUAUUAUUGUGAAGCUCCUUGAUGCCAGGGUUGCUCUCUGUGUGAUUAAAAUAAUCAUUUUCUUAUUACAUAGCCAGAUUACCGUAUGUAUAUGUAUACUGAAGAUAAUAAAAGGUGUGAUUCUUCUUGAUUAUAUUUAACCGUGUGCCUCUCACAUGUUUCAAUACAUUCUGUUAACAGAGCUUUGAAUUGAGGUGCGCAUAACCUGUGUGUUGGAUCAGAUGUGUAGUGAUGAGGUUCCAUCAUUUAGUUUAAGACAAGGUAAAAUAAAAUAAUUAUUUUGUGAUGAGGUUGUUCCAGCAGCAGAACAAAAGUAAUAUCGAGAAUGUCAAUAAUUACAUAAAAUAAGUAUGCAACAUCUAGGAAUCAAAGUAGAAAUAUACACUAUAAGAGCAAAUGGUAUAGCGAAAUUGCAUAGCAUCUUAACCUCCAUAAACCUAUAAAGUACCUAAAAUGUGUUCAACUGAAACCCUGAAACUGUUACCAGAUUUCAGUGCCCCCCCCCAUACAUGAUGGCUCAUAUGGCCACAGAUGGGGCCACUGUGAACCUUUAUGAUAUUAAUCAAGGCUAAGACUAUAUUUUACGAAUGUCAGGCUAAUAUCAAUAUGAGUUAUGAAUAUGAUAAUUGAGUAAAUGCAUCACUGAUAUACUUUAGGUUCUUAUUGUAUGCUUAAUGUUACAAAUACUGUACUGUGAUGUGCAUAUUAUAAAACCUUUGCAUAUACUGUCCUGUAUUAAUAUGUACUGUAUUAUGUAUAUGUAUAAACAUGUGUAAGGCUGUUCGCUGUGCUUCA